AUUCCAUGGAAUAGACGUUCAUAAGUUAAUGACUGCCAGCAAUGGAGGAAUUGUUAUUAUUGUUAUUAUUACCAUUGUUAGUACUAUAAAUAAUCUAGCAAUGGCCACUAACACCGAGAUCGCUGUUGAUAAAACACAACCAGAAAGACAUCGGGUUUGGAAAUUUUAUCUCACUUUUUUCGGGAUUACAUUACUUCAUCUAAGUCUAGGGGCCCCGUUUAUUAUAGGUAACAUUAUACCGUAUGUCGUGUCCUACAUGCGGCUGGUAGGGAAAGACGCAACCUUAACAUACGAUGAUGGAAUUUGGUUGGUGUCCAUGGGGACAACCGCCUUUGGUCUCAGCAUGAUGUUCACAUCUUAUAUAGAAAAUGUUUUGGGCUUUAGAAAAACAAUUCUGUUUGGUUCAUUAAUCCAGAGUGCUUCAACCUUAGUGUCAUAUUACACAAUCCAGAGUUCAUAUUACUAUUUUGUAAUAACUGAAGGAUUUCUCAAUAGUGCCGCCGGUUCCAUUCCUUAUGUUGUGACAGUGUCCUGUGCCAUGAAGUGGAUGCCAAAUCGAAAAGCGACAGCUACAGGAUAUGUUCUAUGUACACACGCUCUGUCGGCAACCAUUUUCACUUAUGCGUCUAGUAAAUAUAUAAAUCCAGAAAAUUACGAAGAAAACGAAUUUGUCAAUGGAGAAGCUUACUUUAGCCAGAAAGAUCUUCUGGCACGAGUUCCAAAGUGUUUUUUAAUGCUGGGUUGUGUCUUCAUGGUAUCUCAAUUAAUCAGUGUCUGUUUGAUUUCCAACCCCAAGGAGGAAACGACGACAGUUAUUAUUGAAAAUGAGGCCGUCAACGUUGAUGGCACUGUGCAAUCAGGAGAAGAAAAUAAUCCAAUUCAAGAUAACGAUAUGGCGAUACAAUCAGAGAAUGAGGCAAAUGACGUUCAGACCCAAAAUAUUCCGGAUGAAAAUGAAAGGGAAGUGAGGGUUAAAUCACCAGCAAGAACAGCAUCAGAGAGAGAGAGUGAAUCUGAAGAAGAUUAUUUUACUCCUUUCCAAAUGGUAAAGACGAAGCAGUUUUACCUUUUAUGGUUAUUAACCUUCAUUCUGAGCAUGCAGUAUACAACGAUAGUAGGUGUUUAUAAGGUCUAUGGAUUGACGUUCAUCUCAGAUGAUAACUUCCUUACCGUUCUUGGUUCUGCUUGUGCAGUUGGCAAUGCCGUCGCGAAAAUGAGCUGGGGACUCAUAUGUGAUAAAUUAUUAUUUAAGGAUUCCACCAUACUUCUGUGUUUAUCUGUAGCCCUUUUGUAUCUCCUCCUCAAUGUUUCAUCAAUGGUCGGACGAUACUUUUACUUUUUUAUUGCAUUACUGACGUAUGUUGUUCCGGGUGGGAUAUACGUUGUAAUGCCUUUUAUAAUCAGUAAGAGUUAUGGUAUCAAGUACUACGCAAGUAACUGCGGAACUGUGUAUACGUCACUGAUAAUAUCGGGUCUUUUAAAUCCAUUUAUUUUAAAAGGCAUGCAACAUUUCUUCGGUUGGAAUUGGACGUUUUUCUUCUUUGAAGUCAUCGGUUUUAUCGGACUAAUAUUAACGGUGAUGUUCCAGAAACCGAAGAAACUGGAACGAAGAGGGAGUGUAUUGAGUGUAACUGAAGACCAGUCCGAGCCCUGACAAAUCCUGUUCAUUAUGACCAGAAAGACCAACGCAAGAUAAAUAAAUGCUUCAUUCACAUGUAGAGAUAUCCAUAUGAAUGUAUGUUAUGCACCGAGCUCAAAAGAGUGCUAGGAGAUACAAGCCAUGUUACUAGCAUCUGCCAUUUUAAUGUACUUUAAUGUAUGAAUAUCAAAUUGUUAGUAACUCUUUUGUAAUUGUUUAUAUCAAAUAAUAUAUACACGUGGUCUGAUAAAUAAGUAUCUGGACUGUUUCUAUAGUAACAAAGCUAAAGCAUGCAGAGUGUAGCCGCUAAGCACAGAUUGAGCUUGAACUCUGCUGUGCAUGCGCAUUACCUUUUAACGUUCUAGCUCAAUUCUGCUGUUUACGGCAGUGCUUGGAAGGUAGGUGUGUAGCAUGUGGUCGUUGAAUUGACUACAACAGAGGAAGUUGAGAAAAAAAUCUGCAUCAAAUUAUGCCAAAUGUUUGGUGAUAUCUGCUCAGAGGCCUACGCAAAGUUUUCAAAAAGUUCCAUCGUUCACGACACAUUGAAGAAGGUGUUAUGCAGCUGAAACCAGAGUGUCUUUUCGGUCAAGUGAAAGCAGUUUUGGCACAAACUUGGCAAACACACGUUUCAUACCUAAAUCGUCAGGAGUAAUGGACUGAACUGAACCGUAAUUAAUCUGCAUAUCCUCUGAUAACUCACGGAUGGUCAAUUUCCCCUCAGAGCUGCAGGCAUAUCUGCGAUGUUUCUCUCAGUUCUGCUGGCUGCGGGUCUCCCAGAAAGUUCGUCAAUAUCGGCAUUUUUUCGACCAUCAUGGAAACAGCUGAACCACUCGUACACUUGUAUGCGGCACAUACACUCUUCUCCGUACACUUUCUGCAACUCUGCGUUGGCCUCUGAGUAGGUAUCAUCAUAACAACUUUUUCAUGCUCAAUGAGAUGAUCACACGCUGCACACCUUCCCUCCAAGCACUACUGUAAGCAGCAAAAGUGAGCUAGAACGAUAAAACUAAGUUUGUAUGCACAGUGGCGUUCAAGGUCAAUCUGUGCGAAGCAGCUUCACUCUGUGUGCUUUAGCUUCGUUACUAUGACAACAGUCCGGAUACUUGUUGAUCAGACACUGUGUGUGUGCGCGUACAUAUAUAUAUAUAUAUAUAUAUACACAUAUAUAUGUGAGUAACAAAGAUGUACAGGUGUCAAUUCAUUACGGCCGUUUCAAGCGACUCUUUUAAUUGAUUAAUGAAAUGGUAAUAUAUAUAUAUAUGUAUGUGUGUGUGUGUAUGUAUGUAUGUAGGUAUGCAUGUAUGUAUGUAUGCAUGUAUGCAUCUGUGUGUGUGUGUGUGUAUGUAUGUAUGCAUGUAUGCAUCUGUGUGUGUGUGGGGUGUAUGUGUGAGUGUGUGUGUGUGUGUGCGUGUGUACGUUUGACAGGUUGUGGUCGGUCAGAUCGAAAGGAAUCUGCAACAGAACAAAAACCUUGAACGAACUAAGCCAAACAUGUAACAUGUAACCAAGCAUGUAACCAAACAUGUAACCAAGCAAGUAACCAAACAUGUAACCAAGCAUGUAACCACAUUAAAUGUUACCUUUCCAUAAAUAGAAUGAAUAUUUCUUGCUGCUUCCAAUGUUGAAGAGUCACUUUUGAAUUCCUACGGCAAACCAUAUCUGAUACGAGUUUGAUCUAAACUCAUUUUGAAUGCAAAGUUUAAAAUUGGUGCGAAUCUAAGCACGGUGGUAUGACGAAAUCUCCAAAGAAAGAAAGAAAACAUUAGGAAGUAAAAAUUAAUGCCUAUUUUUUCUGUAAGUUUUGGAAACAUACCCUUAAAGUGAUCAGAUCAAAACUGCGACAGGACUUUCUUUCCAACUUGAUAUAUAUAUAUAUAUAUAUAUAUAUAUAUAUAUAUAUACUCGUAUGUGUGUGAGUGUAUGCGCGCGUGUGAGUACGUAUGUACGUAUAUGUUUAUAUAAGAUAUAUAUGAGUGUGUGUGUAUGUAUGUGUGUGUGUGUGUGUGUGUGUGUGUGUGUGUGUGUGUGUGUGUGUGUGUGGAAAUAUUUAUUCCCACUUAAAUGUGGAUUUUAACAAAUUUUACUGUUGUACAUACCAUGAAACGAACUCUCAUAUUGGCGUUUGGUGCAAAAUGCACGUUUCUUUAUAUCACUCGCGGGGAGAUAGAUCCCCACCAAAUCCAGCACCAAGACAACCUGAUCACGUAAUUUCAUCCUUCCUUGGUUUCAUCGAUGAUGGAUGCUCAACUUUUAGACAAAGCUGCGACUCAUAUCCCCGCACGCACCAUAUAGACAAUUAGUGCUUGUAUAUAUAUAUUUGAUAUCAUAGAAACUUUCAGAGCGUGAAUAAAAUAUUUUUAACGGUAAAACUCCAAGUAGAAUAGCAAUAAGUCUAUAACUAAAUGCGUGUGCAUAUUGUUAUGAACCACGUGGAAUU